UCCUUGGCAAGUGGUUUCAUCUGACUCCACCCAGGAGAGAGCUUUCCUGUUUAAGGCUGAGUCUCCAGGUUAGAGACGUCCUGCCCAGGAUCUGCUGCUGGGUGGAAGAGGUGCAGCCAAGCCCUUGUCCCUCGACAGUGACACCAUGGCCGCAGGAAAACUGAGCAAGGAGCAGCUGAAGGAGAAGCUGGAUGCCCUUCAGUGCCACUUCACCUGGAUGUUGAGUGUUGAAUCUUGCAGCCCUCAGCAUCUCCUGCAGAAGCUGGAUGUUGAUAUCAAGCACACGGCCCACAAGAACAAGGUGGCCCUCCUGGCGCUCCAGGCCUACCUGCACCAGCUGAACAAGCAGAGUGAGGAAGCUCUGCAGAGCCUCAGAGCUGCUGAGGAACACACGGAAGAGGAGCAGCCAGCAUCCGCUGCUGGCUCUUUGAUCAUCUACGGGAAUUAUGCUUGGGUUCACUACCUCCAGGGCUCCUACCAGGAGGCUGAAACCUGCCUGAGACAGCUUUGGGAGCUGUGCCCAACUCCCUGGGACGUGCGGCUUAUCGCGCACACCCAGGCCCUCAAGGGCUGGUCCCUGCUGGCGAUCAGAACCCGAAACGGGGAGCGGGCAAGGGAGUGCUUCCACACGGCCUUGAUGCUGGAACCAGAGAACAGCUCCUUCCGCACUGGGCUUGCAAUGGCUCUCCAUUCCUCCUGGAGUUUCUUCUGGCAAGCUGAUAUUGAAAGAGAAGCCAGAAUCCAGUUGGAAAGAAUCGUCAACGAGCAGCCAGAUAACUACAGAGCCAAAAUAUAUUUGGCCAGGCUACUUGAAAAAGUAGAUGGGAAAAAGUCAAUUGGCUUAGUUAAAGAAUGUGCAGAGAAAAGCUCUGACCCCGAGGUCCUCAAACUAUCAGCUUUGUUCUGGAUGCCACGGUCGACUGAGCAAGCCUUUGGGAUCAUCCAGCAAGGCCUGCAGCAGGCCCCAGGUUACCACCUCCUCUACCAGGCCUUGGCCAACUGCUACAAGCAACAGUGGCUCAAAGCAAAGGAGGAAGACAAGAAUAAGAUACGCUGUAAAGCCAUCAAGGACCUCCAGCAAAUUGUUCAGACACAUCCAGACCUUGACCUGACACUUGCCAAGCUGCAGCUGGCAGAGUUCAUUGGUGUGAGAGACCCAGCAAAGGAAAAAGAGAUCUACAUGGAGCUGCAGAAGAAAAUCGACACCCUGAGCCUCAGAUGCCAGCAAGCCCUGAGUCUCUCGUGGGGAAAGUACUUCCUCUACCGAGGAGGAUCCCAGGAGAAGGCAAAAGCCAAGUUCAUGGAAUGCUACAAAAUUCCCGUGCAGACAGACCACAGGAGGGACUGUGGGCGCAGGCUGCUGAAGAUGGCUCAGGCCUACAAGUGGAAGGGUGACACCAGGGCUGCCAACGCCAUCUACCACUUCCUCCAAGAGGCCGACCAGCACUACCCAGGGAGCGUGUAGCACUAGGUUUAGAGGAUGAGGAUCACCCCAGCCCACACAGAGAAUUUGGCAUGACUUUUCCCAAGGCUAAAGGCCAAAAGGACUGUCUGGCUCUGCACAGCAGGCCCAUCCCUCACGUGGACCUGGUGGUUCUGUCAGCUCCUCACGCCGUCCCAUUGCUCAGCCUCAAAUCCAGGCCCAGCCGUGGGUAACCAAGAGCCCAGACCUUCCACAUGCUGCUGUGAGCUGCUGCUCCCAGAGGGAAUGAAAACAAAAACAAGAGGGAAGAAUUUGUCUUAGAGGGUCUGAGCCCAAUCUUCUGCAGGUGUGGACCUGCAUCUCUCCCUUGGAGCUGCCACUGACCAGAAUCAAAUGCUGAUUAGGGCAAUGUGAGAAAUCAACUCGUUAAUGAUAAGAAUUCUACCAUUUGCAAUGAACCAGGUGAAUUCCUCCACAAGAUCAGUGAGGAGCCAUGAUGAGGGUGAAGUCCUUCUGUGCAGGACACAGAUGGUCACUGGCCUGUCCAAAUGCAUGAAAUGCUGUUGAUUAAGGAGCCCACAGGGGUGAUUUUAUCUGCAUUAAUCCUCAGAAGCACACACAUGCCUGCCCCUGCCUGGACAUAAACCAGGAGCUUUUUUGUACUGGUUCCCACCAGGAGUAAUAUUUUCAUCCCUGUUUCUGGAGCUAAACUGAGGCUUUUAAAAAUCUUUGAUUAAUAAAUAUUUCUCUGCAUGA